UCGUGGUGUGUGCGUUUUUAUUUUUUUUUGUGGCUCAGUUUCCAUUUCAACGUCGAACGAACGAAAAGUUGCAGCGUAAAAAAAUACAAUUUCGGUGAAAUAUUCACACAUAUUUCGAUUUCGGGAAAACUGUACAAAAAAGGCGAACGAUAAUUAAUAAAUGCGCUUAAAUGCGCCAUGAACUAUGCAAAAGUUAUGUGCUAGAAGUGAGAGCUAAAAAGUGUGCAUUGCAAGUGGCAGUCAUGUGGAAUGCAUUAAGGAUUCAACAGUUUUUCUGGCUACUACCGAUUCUCCUCCACCUGUCGCAAUUCUGUUCUGGCCAACAGACCCACAUUAAAUUGGAGCAGGGGGAUCUUAUUGGGCUCAAGGUCUUUCCGGAUGGGACACGUGGCGCUGUGUACGCUUUUCUGGGCAUUCCCUAUGCCCAAGCUCCUCUUAACGAACUCAGAUUUGCUCCCGCCAAACCGAGUUCCAGUUUCAAUCGCACCCUGCAGGCCACCGCCAUGCAGCCCAUCUGCCCGCAGCUAUCGAACACCAUCUACGACGAGAGCUCGGAUGGAGGUAUUCCCAGAUCGGUGGGCACAGACGAGGACUGCCUGUACCUGAACAUUUGGACCCCGGAGUCGGGGCUGCGAUAUGGCAAGCUGCCCAUCGUUGUUAUUGUCACGGGUGAGGAGUUCGCCUACGACUGGCCCAGAAACCGCAUCAAUGGCCUGGAUCUGGCCGGAGAGGGAAUUGUGGUGGUCAGUGUCCAGUACCGGAAUAACAUCUUCGGAUGGCUGAGUCUGGGGGACAAACACCGCCACGUCCCUGGCAACUACGGACUAAGUGAUAUCCGGAUGGCAUUGCGCUGGAUUCAAAGGAAUGCAGAUGCCUUUGGCGGCAAUCCAGAUCUCAUAACCCUUUUAGGUCACGGCAGUGGAGGAGCUCCUCUUGCCCUGGCUGCCACUUUGGAGGAUUUCAGCCUUGUUAAGAAACUGAUGCUCAUGUCCCCGGGUCCCGUGAUGCGAACUUUGGGUCAGAACCACCAACAGCGGAUAGUGGAAACUGGUCAGGUGCUGGUUCAGAAAUUGGGCUGCCAGUUCGAGGAGGCCCAGCGUCGCCAGCUGAUGGGUUGCCUGAGGCGAAAGAGCCGAGAGGAUCUGCUCCGCGCCUACGAAAGUGUCUACAAUCAUGGCAAUGGGAGCGCCCAGCUGGGAGUGAUGCUACCCGAAGGUUUGACACUCGAACAACGACUUCAAAACGGAACUCUGCCUUCCCUGCUGCUGGGCAUCACCUCCAAUGAAGGAGCCUUCCUGCAAGAUUAUUGGUUGGAUGUGGCCCGGGAAGGUCAGGUGGCUCUCCAGAAGUACAUCAAUCACACAAUGCUGCCAAGUGUGUUGCGGGCACUGGAAUCGGUUGGCGAGGAGAGCUCCUCCCAAUUGGCGGCCAUAAGAUGGAGGUACUUCAAUGGCAAAGGCGAGGGAGUCACCCACCUGCUGACUGGCAUGCAACGCCUGCUCUCCGAAUCCCUCUACGAAGUUCCCUUCUUCCGCCUCUUGGAUCUGCUAAAUGGAACCACCAGCUAUGCCUACGUGUUCGAUCAAUCCCAUUCGAUGGACAUGAGGGGCAGGAGGAAUCUUUUUGGCGGAGCGUCCCACAGCUCGGAUCUUCCAUUGCUCCUGGGACCCAGUCUGUUUCAGCAGAUAGCUCGUCGGAGAUUCAGUGGCGAGGAGGAGCAACUGUGCCGAAAAAUAAGAAGUGCCUUUGCCAACUUCAUUAAAAAUGGUAAUCCCACGCCGGGAAGGAUCUACGAUGGAUGGUUGCCCUAUAACAAAGAAAACCCAUUUGUCUACAGCCUGGGGGAGCAGAUGAAGACCUCUCAGGCGGGAUCAGUGGAUGAGCCGGAGGUGGAGAAGCUACUUAGAGGGGAGGCUGGGGUUCCAGGCCAGGAUAGGAGUUUAUCGCGUAGCAACCGUCACGAUACUUACAGGGCAACUCCCUCCAAUUCCUACACGGCCAGCAAUCAACAGGAUUCGGGUUACUCCAAUCACUUGCAGCGGGUCCACGGAUUCUGGCAGGUUUUACUCCCACUGGAAAGAGAGGAGGACCUAAGAGGAGGAGGUGCCCUCGGUCAGCGAGUGCGACUCCUGGAGGCGAGUGCCGAUGCAGCCAGAUACCGACAGGGAUUCUAUGCCAUGUUGGGAUUGGUGUGCCUACUCCUCGCCUGCCUCUGCCUGUGCGUUUACCUACUCAAACGAGACCCAAAUGCUAUGAGAAGACGCAGUGCAUCCUCGGCUUCGGACUGCUACAGCUUAUGACAUAAGUGGUUUCGUUGGACGACCAUCUUUGGGGA